CCCUCCACGCGCGGGGGGCUUCCUCUAUAAAUGCGGCUUUGGCGCGCGGCGUCUCGCGGACUCCACUCCUGCGUCACCGGUGUCAAGGAAGCGCGCGCUCGCGGAAUCAUCGUACAGUAUCGUCCAUCCGUUCAACAUCCUUACAGCAUGAGUGAGAGACCAGGAUCCGGAGCACCGACCGGACUCAGCAAACCCUCAGGGGUUGAAGAUGGAUCCAAGAAGGACGUCCCUCCCGACGACUUCGACAUCGACUUGGAUGCCCCUGAGACGGAGAAGGCCGCCGUCGCCAUCCAGUCGCAUUUCAGAAAGUACCAGAAGAAGAAGCAGGACCCGAAGCCGUAAGCCGAGCCGGCUGAACGUGGCACCGAGCUGUUUGCAUGUUUAAUCAAGCGCACCGUCAUGGACUCUAGGGUGGGGAUUAUGUGGAGGGAAAAGGGACCUGAAGAAUUGAUUCGUCUUUUCGUCCGUUACGUUCAUCCAUCCAUCUGGAACAAUAAGCCUGAUCAUUUCAGAUUCAAUUCCCUUGUCUGUCUUUCCAUCUGUUUCUGCUCUGGAUUUUGUUUUCAAAUCGGUAACCUUUUUUUUUAAAAAUGUUUUAUCAUGAACGUCAGUACUAAGGUGGUCAAAAGAAUCCUUCACCUUGUAGUACGCCUUUGCUUGUUAAUCAAUGGAAAAAAGAUACUGCAAAUGAUUGACUUGAUGUCACUAUAAAUCUGGUUUGGUUUGUAAUUUUAGGGGAGAAAAUAAUCAAAUCAAAUCGAUCCGUUUCUGUUUAUUCGAUUGACUCACUUUCACAUGCACUGUUUACUCUGUUUAUAUUAUUUGUCGUCAUGCUUCAUCACUGUGUCUUGUGCUUUAACCAUCAUAUUUUCUCCUCAGAAAAAAAUGAGGGAAAGUUUCAUCAAUUAUGUACCACGUGCUACACUAUACUGUCCACCCAACACUUUCAAAUGAUAUACCGUGAAUAAAUAUUUAAGAACAGAGCA